GCGCGAGGCAAGUAUCGGCGCGCGCGCGUGGCAUCAAUAUCCAAAGCAUAAACGAAGACAUCACCGAGAUCCCAACAUGAGUCAAGUCUAGGACAAGUGCAGCUCCCUGACUUGAGGUACGGUACGAGAGAAGUUAAACUUGUUUGUGAAUUUCUGUACUUAUUAAACUUGAUGCACAAUGACGCUCACACAGCAGCAUCUUUACCUUUGACCUUACUCGUAAAGCAAGUGUACGCGCGUGUAUGAGUAAGGGGAUUCCCUUAUUGCGUACCCAGAGAGACGAACAUGACCCUUUCAAUUGUGCAAAGAUCGUAAGAACGAUAUUGCAUGAUUUCCCAAUGUACGGUGCUUGAUACAUGUAAGUGGGUAUGAACUUCUUGUAACAUAUUUUCGUACUAGUUUAGCCGUUUUCUACAACGAUAUAACUUACGCCAACAUCCAGAGAGCCAUUUUGCGAGCCAGUUCCGGAUAGUGUCUUUGAGUGAACCAUUGACCUGGAUGGUUGGGCCACAACAGUGGUAGUGACUAGUGAUUUGUUGCAGCCAAACUGUCAGACAGUGUUUUUGGACGUGCGCAAUGGCAGAAAUGAGAACUUGCCACUCGAGCCUGAGGAAGUUUGCUGAGGAGCAUCUGCAGUGUGCAAUAUGCCACAGCCUGUACAGGAAUCCCAAGACGCUGACCUGUCUGCACAGCUUCUGCGAAGAGUGCCUCAUGAGAUGUUGGGGCUCCCGUCCCUGGCCGUCCGCAAAUUGUCCCAUCUGUCGGAGGGCAGUUUCCAUUCCGGGGCAGGUUCCGUGUCAGGUGAAGAACCUGCCCACUGAUUUCAAGCUCGCGAGCAUGGUGGAGGCGGCUGUCAAGGACGACGCGCAGACAGUGCCCACGUGCACCAAGCACGGCGGCAAAAAAUGCUGCGUUUUUUGUAAAACCUGCCACCAGCUGAUCUGUUUCACGUGCAUGAAAGAGUCUCACUACAGCCACGACGUCGGGGAUGUGGGUGAGACGGUGGAAGAAUUCAAACAGUGUGCGAGAGAGCACAUGAUCAAGUGCAACAAGUCCUUGGAAGACAUGACCAAGGCAUUGGAGACGGUCACACAGACGAAGCUAGACUUUCGCAUGGCACUGGAAAUAAUACGCCAAGACGUCAGUGUCAGAGCUGGGGAGGAAGUGGCACGAAUAACUGCCGCUAAGCAGUGCAUCUUGGAUGAGCUCAAUGAGAUCCAGAGUGACAGGGAGAAGCAAUUGGACGGUAACUCCAAAGUCAUCUUCUCGGUCACAAAACAUUUGCAGCGGGCUGCCGGUGGGUUCAAAUCGCUGGUGAAGAUGCCCAAUGACUACGAGUUCAUGGAAAAGUACCCCAAAUUGAAGGCUUACUUCUCUAAGCUGACAGAUCAGUGUUACACUGAAUCUGUCAAAUCUAUUGCGCCCUUUUCCAUUGAGUAUGCCCCGUCAGCCAGAAGUCCUCAGAAAUUCAAUCUGGGUAGACUUAUUUGUCACACUCACCGUGGUGGUGAAGGUGAUAAGAGUGGUGAUGGAGAGAGCGUGCACACUCGUGGUGAGGACGAGCAGUGUUGUGAUGAUAGGUCACGUGGCAGCGAAAAUGAUAGUGAUAAUGAUACUCAGAGUGAUGCAGAUAGUGACUCGGACUGUGACGUUGAUGUAGGUGGAAAAAGUGUAGGUAGGUGUGGAAGUGAUGGUAAAGGUGCUGAUAGGGGUGAGGGUGCAGGUGACAGUGGAAGUAAUGAUGGCGAAGGUGAAGGCAGUGGCAGCGGUGAAGGUGGUGGUGGUGGUGAAGGUGCAAUUGUCGAUGAAGAUUUAAAUUGUGAGUACACCGAUGACGAGGAUGACGGUAGCGGUGAUUCUGAAGAUUACAGUGGGAGUGACAUCAGUGUUGAAGACGAUGAUGGCGAGGCACAGAAAGGGAAUUAUUCCCUGGGUACAUACAAAAAGCAAAAACUGAGCCACUGAGGUAUAAGAUCAUCAUUUUUAUCCUUGCCUUGUUCUUAGCCAAGGAUUAUUGACACCUCCCAUUCAGCUCUUACCAGCUGCAUUUCUGGGCCAAUUUCAAAGAGCAGCUCAAGCUUAAAAUUUGUUUUAAGCUUGUAAAAACCUUGCUUAAAAAAACAAAGGUU